CUUUACAUCCCAGUCAUAAACGACAAGCGUGCAUCAUUUUCAGAAGGGAAGGUACCCUAUAAAACAAACGUGAAAACGCGUGCAGUGUUCUGCAGUUUUGGCUGGAUUCCGUUGCCUCCUGGGCCUGGAACUCUGUCCCAUCUUCUCAGCCUGGUUCAGCACUGUCACUCAGGCAUCUGUUCCAAUGGCCCUUCUUUGGAGGCCUUAGGUGCCAGGCAGCUCUAGUGUUGGCCCCCAGCCUGGUCCUUGUUAUCUAUCUCUUUCUGCACCGUAGCUUCCUGGAGUGUCUGGGUCGGGUGUCAAGGGCAAGGAGUCAUCUUUGUUCUUCACUAGUCUUCCGGUCUAGCUCUGUAGGGGCUGCACGAGGAGCUGAGAGCUUGGGGCUGCUGGGCAGUUCUGCUGCUUUUGUUGCUCUCUUUUAGCAAGGGUCCGCAGGGUGUAAAGACACAGCAGGCUAGUGCCAAGCGGUCUUACCUUGCCUGUUUUCAGGAUGUCUGGAAAAGACUGGAUGGAGAAGGGUACAGCCUGCCAGCGUACGAGCUCAAAGAUCCCUGGCUUCCCUGGGUGUUCUAGACUUUCAACUUGCUUAGUCCCAGAGCACCCCUUAAACCCUCCAACUCUGCAGGGCCCCAGAGUGAGGGAGCAAUUAUCCCAUGAGUUGCUGUAAGCAGGAACCUACCCAGCUUUUGGCAGAAGGGGUCCCGUUUAGAUGGAGUUUAGUGACUGCCUACUCGCCGAAGGCCUUCACUUCCAGGCCCAACUUUUUUUUUUUCUUGGUUCUUUUUUUCGGAGCUGGGGACCGAACCCAGGGCCUUGUGCUUCCUAGGUAAGCGCUCUACCACUGAGCUAAAUCCCCAGCCCCCAGGCCCAACUUUUAAAGCAGUGUGUUCUCUCUCUCUCUUUCAAGUACUGGUUUGAUAUCAGACAUCUUGAUUAAAAAAAUAACAACAAAAGGUGCACAUUUGUUAUAUUCUUUCUUUCUUCUUGCGAUUUUAGAAAGUAGGGAAUUCUCAGUGCCAUUUUGAGAGAUGGGGACUGAGGCUCACAGUAGUUUUAUGAUUUGCUUAAAGUGAUGAAUUCCAACCUGUAGCAUGUCAAAGCCUAGGUUCCUGAUCGCCACAUAUAGUAGCUAUGAAGUGUCACUGUAUACAGUCAGCUACGUGUGGGCUACAGUUCAAAGGCUACACGCAUUCUAAAGUAAAUGUGAAUGUGGAAUUACUUGAAACAUUAAGGGUCCCCCCACCCCCCAACAGUUUUCAAGCCCAAACUUCAUAGGUGCUACAGUGUCAAAGGGUUGACGUGCCCAUCUUCUUGCCUAGCACUUUCUGUAUAUUAAUGUCUCCACACGGUUACUUCUGGUGACAUCAGCAUCCAACUCCAGGGAUGGAGUACAUGGUGUAUGCACACAUUCUGACUCUAAGAGUUGUGUCCCAUCAGGUGAAAUGCCUAACACUGGUGCCUGCUCUGUAAUUAAAGGGAUGAAGGUCCGCCUUCCUUCUGCCAGCCUUUACUUCUGUGCAGGAAAGACAGGAAACAGGGGGCAGCUACAUUUCUAGAGGAUUCACCCCAUCAGAGUCCCAGGCUCCUCCCGGGACAGUCUGUGACCAGGUAUGCUAUAGGGUGAAGAGCCUCUCGUGUGUACCAUGAGGGCCGAUAUGAAGAACACCCAGGAGGAGAGCAGAGAGAGGACUUCAGGGGAGUUCCCAGAACUUCAGCACCAAUGGCAGUUUGUUUCCUGAUCCAAAGUCUGUCCCAUUCUUCCCUGCUUUCUGUGCCCCAGAAAGUUGGUGUGAUGUAGGGGCGCUUGGCUCAUGUGCCCUUAGCCAGGAGCAGAGCAGCUGUGUGGUUAGGAGCUCUGACUUCUGCCCCAUCUUGGUUGUUUUCUACCUUUGAGCUUAUCUUUGCACAGAGUCCUUUCAUGUUGCCCAAAUUUGAAUGCACCUUCUGUUCCUACAGGGACUCAGAUUGGUGGUAUAAAGUACCCUUCUGUAUCCUGUAGGCCAUCUACUGAAGGAGGGUGGGUCUAUGAUUCUCCAUCUCUGUAGCCACACCCCAUACAGUACUCCGGAUCUGGCUCUAACACUUGGUGAGCACUUUCUAUGUGUCAAUAAUAAUUAUCAUCUGCAUCGACCAGAGAAUCCUUGCAAUGGUCCUGAAACUAUUGUCCCCUUGAAGAGGUAAGGGCAAAAAAGCAUCCCAAAGGUUGUGUAGCUUGCUCCAGGUCACAUAGUAAGCACGUGGCAGAUCUGGGAUUCCGUCCCAGGCAUCGUGACUCCCUGAGUCAACACCUCAAGGCCGCUUUUGGCCUGCCUUUCUGUUUGUUGUUUUGGAGGUGAUGGUUCUUAGCCAGGGCAUCAAAAGAACCUGUUUGCCAACUCAGGGGCAGAAGGUGGAAUGCUGGUCACCAUGGUAACAGAAUCAACGGACUGCACCAGCUGCUGAGCCCUUGGGGGUUGAAGUCCUACUGCUGGCAGGAGGAGGCUGGGUUGGCAUGGGACAGUGUUUGAGGUACCAGAUGCAGUGGGAGGACCUGGAAGAGUACCAGGCUCUGACCUUCUUGACGAGAAACGAGAUUCUGUGCAUCCACGACACCUUCCUGAAGCUCUGCCCCCCGGGCAAGCACUAUAAGGAGGCCACACUGACCAUGGACCAGGUCAGCUCCCUUCCGGCUCUAAGGGUCAACCCUUUCAGAGACCGCAUCUGCAGGGUCUUCUCCCACGAUGACGUGUUCUCCUUUGAAGAUGUGCUGGGUAUGGCAUCUGUCUUCAGUGAACAGGCCUGCCCCAGCCUGAAGAUUGAAUAUGCCUUUCGCAUCUAUGAUUUUAACGAGAACGGCUUCAUCGACGAGGAAGACCUCCAGAAGAUAGUACUAAGACUACUGAAAAGCGAUGAUGUGUCCGAGGACCUGCUGCAGGACGUCACUCACCACGUCCUGAGUGAGUCAGAUCUGGACAAUGACAACAUGCUUUCCUUCUCCGAGUUCGAACAUGCAAUGGCCAAAUCUCCGGAUUUCAUGAACUCCUUUCGGAUUCACUUCUGGGGGUGCUGAUGUGAAGUCACCUGGUUCAGCAGCUUCAGGGAAGACUACCGGACACCCCUUCCCCGCCCCACCCCUGUAUCCAGGCACUGUGGAAUCUGAUUUGAAGUAUGACUCAACUCUGUCCCUCCUUCACCUCUAGAAUAUUGUUUACUAAAUAAAUAUGUGUCUACCCA